AUGAUCAAAAAUAGUGAACGGUCUCCAUAUGACCGGAAAAGGACGAGAGGCCGAGAAAUGAAGAGAUGGAGAGAUCCAUUUAGGCUUUUGGCAGUACCUCUCUGGUGGAGAGCAGCUAGGGACAGAGAUGGCGGGUGUUUAUUAAAAUCGCCGCUUUGUGGAAUCGAACCCAGACCAGUGAGCCGCGAAGAGGCGAGCACUCCCUUCCACUCCGCGGCCCCUGACCUCGCACACUCUGCUAAACACUGGCCCUCUUUAUCAUCUUACGGGGAGAUAUCAUCGGAAAAAGCGGAAAUAUUUCAGCCCAGAUGCGUACGAAAUCCGUCGGAACGAGUGAAUAUGUUGACACUUUCUCGCUCCUUUCUCGAGAGGAUUCUCUCUAUCCUUCAUUGUCCAGUUAAAUGGAGCAGAGGACUGGGUCACUCCUGCGAAGGAUCGGCUGUCACCCUGGAUGGUCCAGGAGCGAGGAAGGACCGCUUUUACUACGACUGA